AAGGCCUUCACAUGGGAAGUGUGCUGGCAUGACCAAAACAUGCGCCUCAGCAAUUCCACCCUCCCUAAUAUUUCCUUCCUUGUUCGACUACAUUUCCCCCCUUGAUUUCUUACCUCCUCUCUCUGAUCAACGCUUCAAACGCCUCCACAAAGUCCCAUUUCCAACAUAGAAUAUACUUCCUUUUAAGUUCAAUCACAUGGUGCCGAAUCCCACAUGGUUAGCCAUUUGCAGCCUUAUUUUUAUUUGUAUUUUUUAUGUAUAUUUAGGUGGGAUGUUGCAUCUUGUAAUGGAUAACAAAUUGUUAUGGGAUCAGAUAAGACAACUCUCAUGUGGACGCUUUUUAACUUGUUGAGGGGGGAGAAGUUGGGCAAGCAUGGAGCAGAUUGCUGACCUUUUCGAUACCUCUUUUAGUAUAGAUGAAAAGGUGGUAGCUUUGGAUCUUUUGGAGGAUGGUUGGUUCUUUGGGAACUCGCUUAAUAUAAAAACAAGGAUGUCAAGGUGCAAUUCUGAUCCUUGUCCGUCCUCAAACUCCGGCCUAGAGAUGUCAGUCAAGAAUUUAUCUGGUGAAAACGCUUUGUCAACAGGGAAGCUCAAAGAGGACGAUGGUUUUGUUCCUCCAUGUUUGGUUCGCUCGCCAUCUUUACCACCUUGUUUAGGGAGGGAAGAAGAAACUCGAGAAAAUAAAGGCAAUCACAGUACGAGCAACUUGAAUCUGCAGAGACUGCAUCACAAUUUGUUUCAAACGCCAAAGCAGCUGCCAACUUGUAUGGGGAGAAAAAAAGGAUCUCAAGAAAAAGAAAGUGAUGGUAGAAGAAAUACAUUGACUGGGCAAUCAACACGUGCCAAUUUGCUUAGAACACCAUCCCUACCACCAGGUAUAGGGAGGGAAGAAAUAACUGAUCAAGACAGAGAAAGUGAUCCUAGACCGAGCAGAUCUACUAGGCAUCCAUCACCUGACCUUCUGCGUCACAAGGGCAUGGCACAAAGUUACAGUCUUCCUAGAUACAGACCGCCGGAGGUGGGAGGCAUUAACUCGGACUGCACCAAGGAAAUGAGACGACGACUCCUUCCACAAACCAAGUUGAGGAAGAGCAAAAGCGAUCUGGAGUCUGAAGAAGUGCAAGGAUUUAAGGACUUGGGGUUCACAUUUGACAAGGACUUGAGCCCAAAUGUGGUAAAGAUACUUCCUGGUUUGCAGGGUAAUAAGCCUGAGGAGGAUUUGGAGGAAGAAGAUAAGGGGAGAAGGCCUUAUCUUUCUGAGGCAUGGUUUGUGCAAGACUGUGCCCCUCCAGUUCCUAAUUGGGCUCCCCAAGCAUCUACAGAAGACAUGAAGGCACAGAUCAAGUUUUGGGCAAGAGCUGUGGCAUCCAAUGUCCGCUGAGAAUGCUGAAGAUCAAUCAACCUAUGAAAUUUGACAUCUGAAUGCAAUCGGCUAUCAUGCUCAGAUAUCUGAUCCAUAAUUCCAUACAAUGCUAAUUAAUUUUUUGGUCCUUUUGCAAUUCCUGAAUUUAGUAUAGAUGUAUAUUGGGAUUGAUGAGCAUUUCAUCCAAAGCGAAACUGAGUUUUGAUCCAAAUUGUACACCCAUGAAAGGGAAGAAAUUGCAGGGAUUGCUGAAGGAAUCAAGCAAAUAAAGUUGCAAGUAUUUAGUUCUAAUAAAGUUUUAUGUAAACAGUUUCGUUUGUCUUA